AUGCAAAGAUUCGAGCUCGAAGAGCUCGAACGAGCCACCGACAACUUUUCCUCCUCCCGCCUAGUCGGCCGAGGCAGCCACGGCAGCGUCUACCGUGGCCUCCUCGACAAUGGCACACCCGCCGCCAUCAAAACCCAAUCUCCGGCCCUCACGAGUCUCCGUGACCACACAAAAAUCGACAACGAGGCCGCGAUCCUCUCUUCCCUACCCGCCGACGAUCCUCACCUCGUCGGCUUCCUCGGCACCUCCGUCGACCCCCUCUCCAACACCAUCCUCGUCACCCGCUACAUGCCUAACGGCACCCUACACGACCUCCUCCACUCAUCCCCCGACCCCCCCUCGUGGGAAAAACGGGCAGAAAUCGCCCUCCGGGUCGCGCGCGGGCUCCGCACGCUCCACGAGGCCGGCGUGGCCCACCGAGACAUCAAGCCCGCCAACAUCCUUUUCGACGGGGCGUGGGGCGCCAGGCUGGCAGACUUCGGCCUGGCCUCCGGCGCGCCCGCCGGAGGGCCCGCCCUCCCGGCGGGCACGAUCGGAUACAUGGAUCCCGCGUACACCUCGCCGGGCGGACUGACCCGGAAGGUGGACGUGUACAGCUACGGGGUGGUGCUCAUGGAGCUGAUCUCCGGGAGGAGAGCGAUGGAUAUGGGGAGGUCCCCACCGUCGGUCGCGGAGUGGGCCCCGCCGCUGAUCGGGAGGGGUCGGAUAGGGGAGGUGUGCGACGGGAGGGUCCGUGUGCCGGCGCACAUGGGGCGGGCGGUCGGGCGGAUGCUGAGGCUGGCGGCACGGUGCGUGGCGAAGAGGGAAGGUGAUCGGCCGGAGAUGAGUGAGGUUGUCGGGGAAUUGGAGGGAUUGACUGUGGGGAUGGUGCACCGGCCGGUGGGGCCCACAAAUUCGUUGCGUGGGGUUAUUGUUAAGAUGAUGGGGUUGAAGAAAUGUAGAGUUGAUAAUGGGAGGGAUGGGAAGAGUGGUGGUGUCAAGAAGGGGACGUUGCUGGUUAGGGAAAUCUUGGCUGACAUUACAUUCAAAUGA